AGGAGGCGCGUGCUGGAAAUGCCACAAUCAGCAAAGAGCAAAGCAAAAGCACGCGGUCUCGAAUGUAACUCAACACAGACGGAGACUGAACGCACCAUUCCUCCGGCUUCAAAGAAAAGAAUAACCCUGCACGCUCCUCCAGCUGUUAGCGAAGCGCGAAGAAAGAGACCAUGUGAAAGCGUCUUGCAGAAUCUUCGUGCGGGAACGACUGAAAGUUUAGGCUCUGAGCAAGGAAUGUCUACGGAGGAGAAGCCUGAAGCUCCCAUGUAUGUCUAUGAGUCGACGGUGCAUUGUGCCAACAUCCUCCUGUGCCUGAAUGAACAGCGGAAGCAGGACGUCCUGUGUGAUGUGACAGUGCUGGUGGAGGGGAGGGAGAUCCGUGCCCACAGGGCAGUGCUGGCAGCUUGUAGCCAGUAUUUCUCCCUGCUGCUCAGGGGCCAGACGGAACAUGAGCCGGUCAUCAACCUGCCACAGAAGAUCACGGAGAAAGGCUUUGCCCCACUGUUGCAGUUUGCUUACACAGCCAAGCUGCUGCUCAACAGGGAAAACAUCCAAGAUGUCAUGUGUUGUGCAGAAUUCCUGGGAAUGCACAACCUCGAAGAUUCCUGCUUCCACUUCCUACAGGCCCAGAUGAACAGUGAGCUUGAUGGCAUGCACACCAACCAGAAUCCCCCUUCACCUCAAACCCUGGUUCAGAACCAUCACAAUAAUGGGUCAGAGGAUGCAAACUUCCAGUUGAGUGACUCCAAACCACCACUGUUCGGAUCAAGGCCGCACUCUGAAACUGAGCAAUUAAAAGUCACCAACAACCUGCAUCAAUCAGACGAAGUUCCAACUUUCGACCUGCCUCAUUAUCCCAAAUAUAGAAAGUACCAUCAGGUUCUUGCUAAGCACAACGCAACCACCUCCUCAAACAGCAGUACCUCAAGCUUGCAGGAUACGGUCACCAGCAGCAAUGCCCAGGGCCUUGAUCUUUCCAAGGUCAAAGCAGAGCCAGCAAGUGGGGAAGACUGUGUGCCACUGGACUUGUCCGAAUUAGAGCAGGAUGGUCUGGUCAGGGAUAAAGGGAGUGAGAUGGAAAUGGAAAUGGAAGGAAUACAACUUAGUUCAACGCCCAUUGAAUUGCCUGUGAGCAAGCGUUCACCAGUGUGCCUGCGCUCCCUUGUUAAAAAGGAAGUCACGUCUUUGGAUCAUUGUCUUAGCGCUGAUCUGCAACUCACCAGCAGUACCUCUCCUCUUAGAGAACAUCAAGUUGCUCCAAAUGACUUCCAAAAAGACUAUCAGGCCUUCAUUGGGGGACUGGGAGUGGCGUCCUCAAAGAAGUCUGAGAAAUUAACCGAUGGCGUGUCCCUCAAGUCUCUUUCCUACGACAGGAUCUGUUCCCAAGAAUCUGAACAAGAGAGCGACAGAAGAAGUGUCAUCUUCUCCUCUCGAGCCCCAUACCAUCUGGCGGCACCCGCGCACUCUUAUCCGGGUGAGAGCUGUUUGGGCCAGGAGACCCAGGAUGACUUAUGGGCAGGUUCCAGCAAGUCGUUCCCCUGCUCCCAAACACUGUCCCCAACUUCUGCCUCUCAAGAGCCCGCAUUGCCCUACCGCCGCCGGCCAAAGAGCAGCUGUCCGGUGCCCAUUAAAAUGUGUCCCCGUUCGUCUCGUGCCGAGAGCCACAUCAGAACCUCCAGCUCUUGCUCUUCCUACUCCUACGCUGAGGAUGGCAGUGGAGGAUCUCCUUCCAGCCUGCCCCAGUUUGAGCUCUCUACCUCUCCUUGUUCCACCAUGGCACGAUGCCUGGCCUUUGAACACCAGGAGCAUAGCAUGUCGGGACCACCAAAGAUCAAGUGCGAGAAGUCCUACGACACUAAUUCCAGUGACGAAUCUGGAUCUUUUUCUGAUGGAGAUAGCGAAUCCUUUCCCACCAAAGAGCACACUCAAGAGGUGAAACUGCCUUUCUCAAUAGACCAGAUAACAGAGCUUCCACGCAAUGACUUUCAGCUGAUGAUAAAGAUGCAUACGCUGAACUCAGAUCAGCUCGACUUCAUCCACAACAUGAGACGGCGCAGUAAAAACCGCAUCGCAGCUCAGCGCUGCAGAAAAAGAAAGCUGGACUGCAUCCAGAACCUGGAGCGUGAGAUUCACAAACUGGUCUGCGAGAGACAGAAACUCCUAACCGAACGCAGCCAGUUGAAAACCUGCAUGGGGGAGCUGUGGGAAAACUUCUCCUUUUUGUCUCAGGAGGUCUGCAGGGAGGAACAACGGAGUCCGGGACAGCCUCAGUCUCUGUAUAAUCUACACCCAGACCCACUUUCAUCCGGUCCAGGUGGUACAGACCUUAGAAUCUCUCCAAUUCCCACUAGUAUAGACUUCACUCUCACAUCACACAACAGUGUGGUGUCGUCCCCAGGCUUAACUGACAGCCAAACACCAUACUCACACCUAAAAAUGGACAGAAAAGACACUGUCACCUCUGAGAGGUCAAAACCUUCCCACGUAGGCAGCUCAAGUGUAACGACUGAUUUCUGCCAGGAAAUGACUGAGAAGUGUACGACGGAAGAGCUGCCUGAGAGAAACUGAGUCUGGUAAACUGCGUUUUUCUCUCUUAAAUCACAAGAAUUGAUUCUGUGUGUUCAGUUGUUAAAUUUUUUUAGCAGUGUUAAAGGGAUAGUUCACCCAAAAACGAAAAUUGUGUCAUUAAUUACUCACCCUCAUGGCUUUCCAAACCCGUAAGACCUUUGUUCAUCUUCGGAACACAAAGUAAGAGUUUUCUGAUGAAAUCUGAAAAGCUUUCUGACCCUGCAUAGACAGUAACUGAAAUGUUCCCAGGCCCAUAAACGUAGUAAGGACAUCGGUAAAACAAUCCAUGUGACAUCAGUGGUUCAACAGUAAUUUUAUGAAGCUAUGAAAAUACUUUGUGCGCAAAGAAAACAACAAUUCUACGCUGGUGUCUAUAAAGGUCAGCUUUCAGAUUUAAUCAAAAUUUAAUUUGUUUUCUGAAGAUGAACGAAGGUCUUACUGGUUUAUGUAAUUAAUGACGCAAUUUUCAUUUUUGGGUGAAUUGUCCCUUUAAGUUUUGUUUUAGGGACUGUUCUGUUGUUGCGUUGUGUUUUUGUUUGUUUGUCCAUAUGGAUUUGUUAUCAUACAUGCUGUAUAGAUGAUAAAAUCAUUUCAUUUUUGAACAUUACCUUUCUCUUUUGUUUUAAUAUUCAUUAUAUGAUAUCUGGUUCUCAGAUUUAUCUCAGGAAUUGCAGAUUUUUUGGCUACUUUAAAUCAAGCUGCAUAUGCAAAUGUGAUGCAAAUGUGAUAAUGAACGUUUGAAAGUGUUUUCUAUCUGUUGAGCGUUAAAGCAUUCCUUACAAAAUUGAAUAACGGAGAAAUUAAACAGCUGCUCACAUGAAACAUCUGAUCUCUUUCUAAAAUAGUAAAAUGGAGAAAUAAUAGUAGAUGAUGAAGCAGCUGCUAUGUUCCCUCAAACAUUUUAUGAUGAAGCAUCAUUUGAUAUGGAAGCAAUUUUCUACCGAUUUUUUUUUUUUUUUUUUUUUUUCUCCAGAGCUCAGUUUUCUAGACUGUUAACAUGAUUGAUCAGGGAUGUCUGUUGUAUAGAAAACUCUCCAAGCAAACUUUAGUAAAUUAAGUUAUUCUGGCUUUGUUCAUUUUUUUUUGGCAGCUCACACUUGGAUCUCUCAGAUCUGAUUUGAUUCCUUCAGGGCGUUACACACAUUAUCAUUUUACUGGAGUCAGAAAUCAAAGCAAAUCGAUAUAAUUUUCCUCUCUUGUGUUUGGGUUUAUUGGGGGUUUGCAGACUUAUCUUUUUUUUUAAUGUUAAAAAGUUUGUGUACUUCUCCAAAGGCCACUCUGGUCCUAAUAUUUUCACUUGUAAAAGUUCUCAAUUAACUCACGCAAUUCGGUGUAAUUUUCACUAGUCUUAUAACUCUUUUACAAGUUUGAUUUAAAAACUUGAGGUGAACAUUCAAGCCUUAAGGCGACAACAGUUGAAAAAGCUUAAUGUUGCGUUGUUUAUUUUUGUUUCUGACGUUGUUGCUUUAAGCUAUCAUGUGUAGGAGCCACUCACAUCUGUAUCGUCACAAUACUAAUGGUGAGAUGGUUUAUAUGUUUUAAUGUUUAAAUUCAUUUAGUCUGUUUACUUCAAAUUAUUGUGAACUGCAUGAUUUUGAAGGAGAAGUUUACUUCCAGAAUGAAAAUUUCCUGAUAAUUUACUCACCCCCAUGUCAUCCAAGAUGUUCAUGUCUUUCUUUCUUCAGUCAAAAAGAAAUUAAGUUUUUUGAAGGAAAUAUUCCCGGAAUUUUCUCCAUAUAGUGGUCAAUGGUGACCAACGGGUUGAAGGUCCAAAUUGCAGUUUCAAUGCUGCUUCAAAGGGCUCUACGUGAUCCCAGCCGA